CAGUUACCUCUCUAUUCGUGUGCGCGUACUCUGCGGACGACACGGGGGGAGGGGAAUUCGUAUUUUGUCAUCCUUGUCAUCGAUGCACCGGGAGCUGUCCUGUCAAACAAUAGAGGCGAAUCGUCGUGCGUUAUAGCCGUGGCAGCGAGGAGGAGUUGGUCGAUCCAUCGUCGUCGUUGUCGUCGUUCGGCAUGGGAGACGGCAAGGAGGGCGAGCGGCAGCCGCUGCUGAAAAACGAGAAUGUUACGUACAGCUCGCACGGUGGCACGGAUGCGAUCGACGAGACCACCCAGUCCACCGUGCACACCGUCUCUACGAUCGGGCCGGACGAGUUGCCACCGCCGUAUCAGUCCGCCAUCCAGGGUGGUAUGCCGAUGGUCACCUGCAGAGUUUGUCAGGCGAUGAUAGACAUCUCCGGCAAGAGGGAUCAACACGUCGUUAAAUGUUGUCAGUGUAACGAGGCCACACCCAUACGAAACGCUCCACCUGGUAAGAAGUACGUUCGAUGUCCGUGCAAUUGUCUCCUGAUAUGUAAGAGUUCUUCGCAGCGUAUCGCCUGCCCUAGGCCAAAUUGUAAGCGUAUUAUCAAUCUAGCACCAAGCCCCAUUACACCACCGGUUCUAUCUAUGCCAGGCAUGUGUAGGGUUGGCUGCGCCCAUUGCCAUGACACAUUCUUGUUUAACACAUUAAAUAACGCUCUGGCUCGAUGUCCACAUUGCCGUAAGAUAUCUUCCGUUGGUCCAGACUUUGCCAGGGGAAGAGGGAUUGUAUUUAUUAUUGUUGGGAUUAUAGCCUUAGUAAUUGCUAUAGCUGUAACAGUUGGGACCUAUAAAUAUGUAAAAACAAAUGGUGGAAUCUAUGUAGCUUAUGUCGGUGCAUUUCUAUUGGCGCUCUUGUGCUUGGGACGCAGCAUUUAUUACUGUACGAUGAAGAUUAGUUUGAUAGAAGGUCCCAUGUAGUCUCCCAAAAUGCAGUUUAACAGCCAUUACAAUACAAAAUCAAUCCCAUUGAGAUGAAUGUAAUCUAUUUAGAACAAAUGUUUAUAUAGUAAUGUGACAUUUCAAAACCUUUCGAGGCAAGAAGGAUAUAUAUAUAUGCAUAAUACAUACAUGGCCAUAUGUGCAUAUGCAAACAACCUGUAUUGUUUAUGAUAAUGCAUGUAUACAUUCUUAGAUAAUACGCAUACACGUGUCUCGUGAUCGGGAAGAAAGCAAAUGUUUGCGAUGCUUUCCUCAGGUAAGAUAAUGCGAUCGUAGGAAAUCUCUCGGAAGCCUGUAUUUUACAGAGUUGUUUCUAUGCACUUUUAUAUGUACAAGCAUAGGAGCUACGCCUACGGGUUUUCGCUGAAUUUUAUUUUCAAUCUACUUGACUAGAGAAUACGCUCUAUAUACAUAUACAUACAUACGUAAAUACAUAUAUGCUUUCUAUAACACGUAUCACGCGUAUCGAGCGUAUCAUGCACAUAGGUAGAAUCAAAGUGCAAAAUAUGCUCAUAUUAUUCCAAACAUACAUAUAAAGUAAGUUUUAAAAGCCAUAUACGCAAAUCUGCAUGAAUCCAUUUUUAACCCUUAGUACGCACACAUAGAAAAACGCCCUAUGUAUAUUCGAAUUUUCCUAACGUAUAUCUCUGGUUUAAAUGCACCAAUUUUAAGCCAUUUAAAAAAAUCAAUAAUUUGGUGUCUGAAGAAAAAGAAUAUUCCACAAAAAGUAAAAAAGUUUUAGCACAAAAAAUGUUUUACAAAAACUAAAAGUAGAUUGAUUGAAAUGCCACAACUUUGAAAAUUUGUCCAGGUUACGCUAACUCAGUGUGCUUAUUGAGGGUUAAAUUUACUUUUACGUUUCACAUAAAAGCAUCUGUAUCGAAAAUAUAAAAGGAUAUCGUAUUAUUUCAAAUAAAUUUCUGAGUUUAUAUGAAUUUUGUAGCACACACGAAUGAAAUUACGUGGGAGAUACAACCGUACCAUACAUAUUGUAUAUAUUAAUAAUAUUAUAGAUAACACACUUAGAUUAUGCAAAUCCAAAUACUGAAUUUCCUUGGGUAUUACAUAAAGGGUACCGCGAGAUUCUUUUUUUUUUUAGUUUUACUAUCAUAAGGUAUACAACUUCAUCAGUCAUAAAAAUUAAAAUAUGUGUAUAUUCUCAUUAAUCGGUCAUUUUUGUCAUAUAAUUCAUAAUCUACAGUGCUCUUUCAAAUACAUACAAUUCUUUAUAGACAACUUUUAAUCUCAUCCUCAUUAGUUUCUUUACCAUAUAAUGGAAGAUAUGUUAUACUUGUUAAAAAAUAAAUUCCGUUUGGUAAAAAA